AUGCCCCCCAACAGCCACGGCAACCUCCUGGCCGUCAACAUCACCAUCCCCGGCCUCUCCCCACGAUACCCCCACGUUCACUGCAGAGAAGACCUCCAAGUCUGCCAGGUGACCACCUGCGAAGGCGAAAUCAACGCCGCCUCGUCGGCCAUGGCCCUCCUCCUCUCCCCCAAGUUCAACCUCACAAAGACAUACUUCCUCCUAGCCGGCAUAGCAGGCGCAAACCCAAAGUACUCCACCAUCGGCGGCGUAGCCCUGGCGCGGUACACCGUCCAAGUAGCCCUCCAAUACGAAUUCGACGCCCGGGAGAUGCCAGACAACUUCACGACGGGGUAUGUUGCUUAUGGCACCACGCAGCCGGAGGAGUACCCCAAGAUUCUGUACGGGACAGAAGUGUUUGAGGUGAGCAACGCGCUGCGGGACGCGGCGUUUAACUAUGCCGUCAGGGCGAAUUUGAGCGAUAACGAGGACUCGAAGAAGUACCGGGCGAGGUAUAAGCCGGAGGGGAAUAUUUUUGCCAAGGCGUCGAGCGGGCCGGAGGUGGUCAAGUGUGAUACCGUCACGAGCGAUGUUUAUUACUCGGGGACGUUGCUGAGCGAGGCGUUUGAGAGGACGACGGGGGUUUGGACGAAUGGGACGGGGAGGUACUGCAUGACGGCGCAGGAGGAUAAUGCGGUGCUGGGUUCGUUGGUGAGGAUGGCGGUUUAUGGGGUUGUGGACUUUUCGAGGGUUGUUGUUAUGAGGACUGGGUCUAACUUUGACCGUCCUCCUCCUAACGUCACUGCCUAUGAGCAUUUGCUUGUUCUCAAGCAGAAUGGCUUCGAGGUUGCGAUUCAGAAUCUCUAUCUUGCGGGGAUUGAGAUUGUGAAUGGGAUUCUGAAGGAUUGGGGGGCGGUUUUUGACAAGGGGAUUAAGCCUUGCAAUUAUAUUGGUGAUGUGCUUGGGUCUUUGGGUGGUGAACCAGAUUUUGGUCCGGGGAGUGAGACGAAGGGGGUGGGGUUUAGGCCUCCUGGGAACAGCACGACAAGAGCAAUAGUAUAG